AUGAAGAGCAUCGCUGUACACAAACAUCAUCAUCACCACCACGAUCAUCACCAUCCUCAUCAUCAUCAGGAUCCGCAUCAUCACCACCACCACCAUCAUCAUCAUCGUCACCACCCUCAUCCUCCGAUCCCCACCACAUGUGAGGAGAGGAGGGAGAAGAGACAUGUCACCUCUGGGAGCCAGGAGCCUGGAGAGAGCCCAGCACACAGAAACAUCACCCUGGGAGCUGAAGUGGAGUGUUUAAAUGCCUCACGUCUGCUGACAUUGCAUGGAAUGGACAUGCAGAUGAUGCUUGAUGUAGAUGAGUUUAGAUACAUCUGCCCAGCUAUUAUUAAUCAAAUCGACAGAAAGUCCUGCUUAAUUAAUGCUCCUGAGGAAGCUGCUGAUGAAGCUAUGGCUGAAAGUAGCCAUGGUGUAUAUUCUGUGAAAGUAGCAUGGGUCGGUGGC